CCAAACCUGAACCAGGUGCUCUUUCCCGCGUGGGAUGGGAUGACAACGUGCCUACCUCCCGAUAAUACCUACCUGCCUGGCCCAACCGUACGUGCCUGCCUUGCCUGCUUGCGGACCAAUCCACACAGGAAGCAAGUAGGUACGUAGCACUUCUCUCUGCAGACUAAAAUGACAGCGCCUUCCUCAGGAGGCAGGGAUGGCGAUCCCCAUGAUCUCCGUCGUGGCCAGUCGCAGUCCUUCCCCCUGCGACCCAUCAACACCAGCACCACACCCGCUGCCACUGUCUCACUCUCCUCCGCCCUCUCUGGCGCUGAACGCGGCACCAGCUCCGCCCUACCCGCACACCCAGGCGAGCGAGACGGCCACCUGGACCCCACGCUGCCAACCUCCUCCCCUUCCCACCCUACAAAUAUUGCUGCCCUGCCGGGCUCCGCUGCUCGCCCUGCUGAAACCCCUUCUCCCUCUCCGCUCGGCACGAGCCAUGACUCCCACCACACCGACCUCGACUCCGACCCGAAUCCCGACCCUGGCGCCGACUGUCGAGCAUCGAGGAUCAUGUCGAACGCGCCCCUCCUACUCCGCUCCUCGCCCGGCUUUGGCACCGGGUCCUACGGCGCCGCCCCUAUCCAGCCCGAGAGCAAGGACUCGUCUAGCGACGGCGAUUCCGAAGCCACGUCGAGCCCUAACCAGGCUGCCGCCGAGCCUGACCGCGACGGGCUGCUCCAGUCCUUCGAUGCCGCCCAUUCGGCUCCCUUCAGAACUAGCAGCUCGUCUCUGAGUCGGAGGAGGAAGAGCCACUCACUGGACAUCGAGGGGCCCGCGAUAGCCGAAGGUCCCGAGGCCCGCUUCGGUGACAGCGAACCCGUUUUGGCGGGCGACCUGACCCCUGAUGCCAAGUCCGACGGCUCAACUGUCGACGAUGGCGACAACUCGGAGGACGUGGACGAAGGAGCCGAUCACGACCCCCCCGACAAUUCUCCCUACCCCCAAGUUCGCGCCUCCGUAUCUCCGAUCGACAACACGUCCUUGUCCAUCAACACCCCGCGCAUGUGGAUAUUGUCUACCCUCUUCUCUAUACUCGGUUCCUCCACCAAUCUCUUCUUUUCGUUAAGGUACCCUAGCGUCUCCAUUACCCCCGUCAUAGCAUUGCUCCUCGUUCACCCCCUCGGCCUCUUGUGGGACUAUUUCCUCAAACGACCGGACGACCCGCCCGAAGAAUUUGUCGCUGGCGUGCGGAUAGCUAGUCCGGUUCCUCCACCGGGCGAUUUCCAGGCGCCGCUACCCCUUAGAGAGAGGAGCCGUUCUCGACGUCUCCGGCUCUGGCUGGCCCAGGGACGGUGGAAUGAGAAGGAGCACAGUUGUGUCUAUGUGAGCAGUAAUGUGUCUUUUGGUUUUGCGUUCGCGACAGAUAUCAUCGUAGAGCAAACACAAUUCUACAAGCAAGACGCGAGUAUUGUUUACCAGCUGCUCCUCACGCUCUCGACCCAGAUCUUGGGCUAUGCUUUUGCUGGGUUGACGAGGCGCUUCCUCGUGCGCCCGGCCGGCAUGAUCUGGCCUGGCACCUUGAUGUCCGCCGCCAUGUUCACCACCUUGCAUAAGGAGGAGAACAAACCGGCGAACGGGUGGAGGAUCAGCAGGUGGAAGUUUUUUUUCGUCGUUUGGACGUCGUCGUUCGCCUUCUACUUCCUCCCCGGCCUGCUGAUGCCCGCGCUGAGCUAUUUCAACGUGAUCACCUGGUUUGCGCCCGAUAACGUCGUGGUUGCGAACUUGUUUGGGGUCGCCUCCGGCUUGGGCCUGUUCCCUCUCACGUUCGACUGGGCGCAGAUCGCGUACAUCGGAUCGCCCCUGCUGACGCCUUUUUGGGCCGCGAUGAAUGUUGUCGGCGGGUUGGUUAUAGUGAUGUGGAUUAUCGCGCCGAUUGGGUAUUACCUCAACCUAUUUUACUCGUCCUACAUGCCGAUUCUCUCGGCAUCCGUCUUCGACAACACCGGGAAAAUUUACGACGUUAGCCGAAUUCUAACGUCGGAAUUUGUCUUCGACAGAGAGGCAUACUCCAAGUACAGCCGCGUCUUUCUACCAAUCACCUAUGUACUUAGCUACGGACUCCAAUUCGCGGGGCUGGCGUCACUCCUCACGCACACUACCUGCUGGCAUGGUAAGGAUAUCUAUGUCCAAUGGAAACGCUCUCUGCAGGAGGUUGAGGACGAGGGGAGGCCGGUGUAUCAGCCUCUCGGGGGCGAAAGCAACGGGACAACCCCGCCCGGUGGCGGCCAUCCCAGGCUCACGAGGUCUAAUUCCACAUUUGACAACAUUUUGAGUCACGAGGAUGUCCACAAUCGUCUCAUGAGGAGAUACAAGGAUGCGCCAAUAACGUGGUACCUACUUACGUUCGUAUCCAUGACGUUGGUCGGUAUUUUUGUUGUUGAAUACUACCCGGUUCACCUGCCGUGGUACGGGCUACUUCUAGCUCUCGGAAUCUGCACCGUACUUUUUAUACCCAUCGGCAUAGUCAUGGCGGUGACGAACCAGCACAGCAGUAUCUACCUCAUCUGUCAACUCAUAUGCGGCGUCGUCUUCCCCGGAAAGCCGGUAGCCAACAUGGUUUUCGUUACCUACGGAUACAUUUCAUCCGCCCAGGGUAUUAAAUUCGCGGCAGACUUGAAACUGGGACAUUACAUGAAAAUCCCGCCGAGGUUGCUCUUUUCGGUGCAGAUGGUGGCAACCGUCAUUUCGUCCAUUACCCAAAUCCUCGUCCUCAAUUGGAUGUUCGUAAACGUGCCGGGGAUCUGCACGACUGAGGCCAUCAACGGCUUCACCUGUCCGCUCGCCCGAGUCCACUUCAACGGAUCCAUCCUGUGGGGUGUCGUCGGGCCGACGGAGUUCUUCGGGCCCAACGCGACCUACCGACCGCUAGUAUGGUGCUUCCUGAUAGGGGCCGUUGCUCCAAUCCCGCUGUGGCUGUACGGUCGCCAGCGGAAGAGCAGCCUCGUGCGAAAGAUCAACCUGCCCGUCCUCUUCGGGUCGCUGAGCUGGAUCCCGCCGGCGACGGGUCUCAACUUCUCGGUCUGGGCGGUGGUCUGCUACGUAUUCAACUACCUGAUCAAGAACCGCGCACAGGCGUGGUGGGCCAAGUACACGAUGACCCUCAGCGCCGCGCUCGAUUCGGGGUUGGCGUUCGGCAUCGUCGUGGUCUUCUUCGGCUUCAUCUACCCCGGGUGGAUGGACGGCUUCAGCUGGUGGGGGACUGAGAUCUACAAGAAGGGGUGCGACUGGCAGGCCUGCUCGUACAAUACGGUGCCGAACGGCAGCCAUUUCGGCCCGGAUACAUGGUAGAGCACGUCAUAAAAAAGAGGG